AUGAAACUAUUAACAUUAUUAAGGAUACGUUACAAAGCUCAAAUUAUAGAUGACAAUUAUUUAUAAAGAAAUUUACUUUAUUAUGAUGAAAUAGAUCUAAAAGGAUUAUUUAACAAUANUUUACCAAAAUAUCCUGAAUAAAGUGGCCUUAUUGAAUACAUAAAUUUGGUUAAUGAUCAUUUUAAUUAAAUAAUCUAUGAGAUAGAUGAUACUUGUGCUUUACUUGAUAAUCAUUUAAAAUUAACAUUUGCAAAAUUAUUAGGAAGUCAUAAAUCUUAUAUUAGAUUAUUUUAAAAUGUUGAAGAAAUUAGAAAUAAGUUUGUCUAAGAUUAUAAUAUUUUAAAUAAAAAAAAAGAAGAUCUAAUUAGAAAUACUGAUUUGAAAGUAGUAGUUUAAAGAAUAAUUUAAUCAAACAAAUUUGAUCAAUCUGAAUUCGAUAAAUUAUCAUCAGACUUUGAUUAUUUAAAAAGCUUUCUUUAUGUCCCAGAAACUUAAUAAAUUUAAUAACUUUAGGAUCAAUUAGUUUAUAUGAUACAAUAAUUUUCUAAGGCUAUGGAUGAAUAAUUUAGAGCUGAUUUACUUAAAGUAAUUGCAAAUUUUGGUGGAUUUCUAUAUGCAAAAUAAAAACUAUGCUAAAAAUAUGUAAGUUUAUUUUUUAAUCAUUUAGACUGAAUAAUGGAAAGAAUUAGUAAAUAAAUAUGAAAUGGUAAAAAGUAAAUCAAACUGA